CAAGGACAGUCGUCGGUCGCCGCCCAUAGUAGAUCAGAACAAUUUACUUCGAGCGGGACUCCACAUAAGUCAACUUUCUGUGUCUCUCGAAUCGUCUGUUCAAGAGUGUUCGUUUUGAAGAAACACUGAGACUGACUUAGUUAGUUAGUGAGCCGGUAGCAUUCUUAUUGUUUAUCUGUCAUCGUCGCCUUAAGGUUUUUAUCUGAAAGUGAACGAGCAGACUUAUCGAGGAAAGUUUCUCUCUGAGUGUUUUGUUUUUCUAAGUGUUUUUGUAAACCAUGGCGUGUGAAGGAAACGGCAUGUCAGACCAGAGGAUAGGAGAAGCCCUCAUCAAAGAGGUCAUAGAGGAGGAGCUGAAGGACGUGCCCCCAGAGGAUAUCCCACCUCUCACCCCAACUGUUAGACAGCAAAUAAAGAGUGAGCAGGAGCAGAAGAUGGUGACCCAGUUGGGCAAAAUGAUCCGCAUCAUUGGCGACAGAGUUAAAGAUGACCAGGAGUUCCAAGAGUGUCUCUGUCCUCUAUCUCUCUUUUCUAGUGCAAUAGAUGGGGUGGCUUGUUGUCCUGGCUCUAGGUGGGACAGAUUUAAGGAGGUGGCAGACAAAGUGUUCGAACACGGGAUCACCUGGGAGAGGAUUGCUGUGCUCUUCUAUGUCGCCGGCAAGCUGGCUGUCAAGAUGGUGGAGGCUCACCUUCCUCAGUCAGUGAGGGAAAUCCUGGUUUGGACUGUGGAUUUUUUCCGAAACAAUCUACUGGGAUGGAUUCGCGAACAUGGAGGAUGGAUCAACAGUUUCUCUGAGCUGGCGGUGGUGCCCAUGCACGGCGUGUCAUCAAUCAGCUCCCACAGCUACGGCCUCGUCCUUAUCUUCAUUGCUGGCCUGGCUAUAGGAAGCCUCAUCACCUGGAGAAUGACCAGGCAGCUCUGAGGCGUACAUACACACACACACACACACACACACACACACACACACACACAGAGGCACACAUAUACUCCAGACCAGCAAAUUUCUGGGCAUUUACCAAAUAGGUGGUGUUUGUCUUAACCAUAUUAUGUUUACCAGAGGGUUUAUUAUUCAGGGUUGUCAUGUAAUUUCCCAAACCCUCUCACGCACUCUACAUUUUUAUUCUCUCUUAUGUAUGCAAACGUAAGCACAGCGCACUGUACCAUGCAAAACACAUUAUGUAAUAUAGGUUGACCCAGGAGUCAUUAUGAAACAGAAACCCAAAGUGCCAAUUUUAGCUUCAUUAAGGCUUCUUGUUUGGUGGCAGUAACUUACUCGUCCAUAUUUGUGUGACCAUCCUCAUAUACGUGUGUCAUAAAUAUUCCACCAACAGCUGCCACUGAGAAGGACUGAUAAUGUAUUUUUGUUAGGGAGUAAAAAAAAAAUAUAAAUAUCAAUAUAUCGGCCAAUGUACUUUAACCGCAACCUGAAUAUAUACAGAAUAUCUAUAUAAAAGCCACUAUUGCCCAAUAAAAUGGGCUGAGCCAUGUAUUGGUUGGGUUCUCAUCCCAUUUCCCUUAUUUGAUCACUUCCUGAUUCUUGCAUGAGCCAGCUGAUUCUUGUCUGGUCGGUUGUCAAGAAGAACAUUUAAAUUUUUUGCUCUGAGGAGAAAUUAGGGAAACCUUCUCGCAGGGGAUGUGGACUACUGACACCUGCAAGGCCGCGGCUCUCAUGACUGCCUGAAACCACACACUUUCAGAAAUAUUCUUACACAUGUAUACUUAAGUUCAACAUUAUUUUAUCACGAGUAAAUACAAAACCGUUUAUCAUUUCUGCAUUAAGGAUCAGCAUUUAACAGUUUUCUCCCUCAUUCUUGUGUGUCUGACUCCCAAGUUAUCAAUAAUAACAUGCAUGCUGCCAGAUUAGCUCAGUAGCCAUAGAGCCUGCUAAAGCCUUGCAGAUCAUAGUGGUGCACUGAAAAUCUCCAUCUCUCAAAAGUCUUAUGUCAAAUAAAGACACCCCUUUAUUGGAAAUCUGUUAUAAACUGGACAUUAAAAUAUCAUAAGUCCUCCAUUUAGAUAAGGAAAAUGGGGGGGGGGGGGGGGGUAAAUGACCUCAGGAAUAGAAAUAGGGAGCAAUCCAUCUUAAAGAAAGACAGACAAAGGAUGCCAUGUGUACAGAGCAGACCAGCAAAAUUACAGCAUGAACAAUCAUGCACAUGCAAGGCCUGAAGUAAUCAAAUAAUAAGCGUGUAAGUGAAGAUGAAAAGAUGAGCAUUUUUGAGUUUGGAUCUAAAUGCUACCACACUAUAAUGCAACACUUAACCACAUACAUACUGGUACAAAUAACAGAAACUCAGGUAUCAUAUCACAUGGUUACAUUUCAUUCCUUUCCAAUGUGGGCUUCCAUUUAGUUGACAAACAGUAAAUCUGUGUUAACUGUAAGCCUGAUUAACAAAAGACAGUCAUUAAAUGUCUUAUCUAAUCCUGUAUCAUGGAUAAUAUUAUGGUCAGAGACGGUAGUCAUCAAUAAACAUGUUCACUAUUGUCUAUAGGUGUCAUUUCCAGUCACAUAUGGUACUGAACACAGCACAGCAGGUAGAAACUGAUGUCAGAUAUAUUUACAUAGUUUUGAUGUCAGCUGAUCAGACAUUCUCAUCCUAACCUGGAUUUUUAAAUACUGAACUCGCAGAUUGAAUAUCAACAAAUCAUGCACAUAAACACACAGUGACUUCUGUUUUAGUUGCCGGUGUACUGAAGAGUUUUAGUGUAAAAUGAAAGGAUAGUGCCAAAUGUGAUUUCAUGUGUUCAUGGACAGAAUGGCAGAUGAAGCAUUUGAUCAGGGCUGCCCUAAGUGGAGCCUGUGUGUCAACGUUUUCCCCCCACUGAUGUUUCUAAAAUUCAUUUUUAAAAAUUUUAAUAUAAAUUGUAUAUAUUUUUUGUCAUGUCUAAAUGCAAUAUAUAGAAUCCGUAUUGAUUAAUGAUUUUUUUAAAUAAUCUGAACACAGUGGGCAGUGGGACCCUUUUGUAUUUUGUACGGGAAGACUUGGGAUCAGAGUGUUAUUUUGUAUUUAAACGAUACUGUGCAAAAGUUGCUUGAAUUUGGCCAGUGGCCCUCCAGGGGAAAAAAAAUUAUAUAUAUAUAUAUUUUUGUGUUCUGCUGAUGUUGAAUAUCCCCACCAGCAGCCUAUUGAUGAAUUUUCCUCCCAGUAAAAUGUCUCAUGUGCGCUGAGUGUCUGAACAGUUUCAUAUUUAUCUUCGAUUUUAUUUUAAACCUGCAUUACUUCUAGUCUUUGAAAGGUGUCUUAUGAACAGGAAGUGAAUGAAUUUCUACCUACAACCUCUGCAUUCCUCUGUUUACACUUAGAGAGGUUUACAGUUUAUUUGCACAAAAAGUGAUGUUGAGGAUUUCCUUGUCUUGACAGGAGAAUCUCUGCCCUGUCAGUGUAACUUUGCAAUAUAUGAUGUGUAUUGUAGAUCAAGUAAUGGAAUGUUAAAUCCGUGUUUUCUCCAGUUGUUGCCUUUACCUUUGGUUGAAUGAAUACUUUUCACCAAAGAUGGAGGAAAAUUGAAAUACAAUACAAAUGUGGAGAUCAUUAAGAAACAGUGUCUCAUUACUGAGUUUGUCCACCAAAGAGUUGACUUUUAUACUAUAAAAUGUCCCACUCACUGUUCACUAUUCAAUUAAAGGGAUUCUUCCAUCA